AAGUUUCAUAGUUCAAUAUAUUUAAACAUUUGCAAACGAAGGGAGAGUGAGAUAGAGGGAAAGAGAGAGAGAGAGAGAGAGAGAGCGGGAGAGGGGAAAAAUGGAUAAACUACGAGAGAAAUUACAACUUCCAAAAACUCAAUCCUGUCAUGAAGUUGGGAGUUUAAAUGAUUUCGUCCGGGAUUCUAUGUACCUUGCCUGGCCCGUUGCAAGCAUCGCGGCCGAUGGACGUCGCAGUCCAAGGCGACUGCUACCCCGACAACAGGAAGCAAUCGACGAGGAAGCGGAAGAAGACAGUCCAGAGAAGGCGGCCAUGCUGGAGCACAGUACCGCCCUGAAGAGUUUUAGUCAAACGAAUCGAUCCAGGAUUAAUCGUGAAAGACAGGCGGAAUGUAGACGUAGAGCAAUGCAAGGGAGAGCGUCGAUAGACAGCACUUCAUGGCAUAUGCUACGGAGUGUAUCAGAGGAGAGAAGACAGUCAUCCGGCAGUUACCUUUCACCAACAACGAAUGCAAUUCAACUUGGACUCAAGAAAGAAGAGGUCCGUAUAAGAUCCAGGGCAGAACUUCUGGAAAUGAGAGAGCAAUGGCGAAGACAACGUCAAUCCGAAACUGCAAAUCUUUCGUCUCGACGAGAGAAUGAUCCCACUCUAUUAUUAAGUGGCGGGCGCGGCCAAGUCUUGCUUUCGCCUGCAUCAGACCUCGCUGCUCGACGAGGAGUGUUUAGCAGACGACACUAUGGCUCGGUCGAAUUGCUUACGUCAUGUGAUGCUGAAGGAUCCAACCAGAGCGUGGGUCGAUUCCGUGUAGAAACGGGCGAAAGAGAUACAGAUGAGAACCAUCUUCAAAUCCCCAGCCCCUUGAAUAGCCCAAUUCAUCUUGAGAAUCCAGAAUCCCAAACUCGUUGGUAUUUCCGUUACUUUUUGGGAAAAUUACAUCAGAAUUAUGUUGGAGCUGAUGCUGAAAAAGAGCCCUUCGUUUUAUCUGUUGUUGUCACAGAUGCCAACAACCUCAAUGUCCCACAGUAUAGAACCAUUUUGUGGAGAAAAACAGGAGCACAACGAAUAUGUUUGUCUUUCAAUCCAAACAAACCACAAACUGUGAAGGGAAUUCUCAACUACUAUGGAAUGGAAAAGAUCGAAAGAGGUCCAAAAGAAGUGUUUGAUACAGAAAUACAGAAAGAAUUACUUGUCCUUGAAGAGCAAGAAGGUUCUGUCAAUUUCAAAUUUGGAGUGCUUUUUGCAAAAGAUGGGCAAACAUCAGAUGAUGACAUGUACUGUAAUGUAAUGUAUCUGGCUAUAAAAUUGGGUGACUUCUUACAAUGUUAUCCUCAAUGCUAUUGUCAUAUUCCAGCUGACAGCACAGGAACAGAAUCAAGAUAUGUCAUCUACGAAGGCCAUGAAAUUAUGUUUCACGUAUCCACCUUACUUCCAUACUCCCCAGACAACAGGCAGCAGGUUGAGAGAAAACGACAUAUUGGUAAUGACAUUGUUAAUAUUGUUUAUUUUGACUGUGAUUUCGAAAAACCGCCCGUAUUCAAGCCUAAUAUGAUGAAGACUCAUUUUACUCAUAUUUAUGCAGUUGUAAUGUACAACAAGGAGCAAGAUGCAUUUAAACUUUCUGUAUUCUCUGAAGAGUCUGUUCCAUUAUUUGGACCUGUAUUACCUUCACCUCCCAUUUUCACAAACCAUAAAGAAUUCCGUGACUUCCUUUUAGUUAAAUUAAUCAAUGGGGAAAAGGCAGCUGUUAACAACCGAUUAUUUGCUCAGAAGCGGGAGCGAACCUUGGACAUGUUAAUACGUAAUAUCUACCAAGAAUAUAUGCCUGAACUAUCAAAGAAUAAUAUCUUGUAUCGCAGGGCUUUCAGUGAUGUGAUAGGAGAUGGCCAUGGGUCAAGGAGAAAAGAACGAGCUAGGCAGGCUGAAUUUGUCCGAAUUGGUCAGACGUUAAAACUGAAGACCAUCUUGAAAGGUGAUGCCCCAACAAGCCAGAUAAACACAGACAUUUUGAAACGAGAGCCAUGGGAACCACAAAUCUACUACAGUGAAUUCCCUCACCAUAUUACUUGUGCUGAUUCAUGGGGGGACAAACUAAUUGUUGCCACCGAAAUUGGUUUAAUGGUGCUGGAAGAGGGAGUUUCACCAAGGCUUGUCCUUGAUAAAAGCAUCAGUGCAAAACAAAUCAACAUCAUUGAACAACAUGGGCUGCUGUUAAUAAGAGCUGACAAAGGAAAAGAUGGUAAAGUUUAUGUAUUUAGGUUAAGUGACUUUGAAGGUGUGGAAAAUGAGUUUGUCGUAAAAUCUAAAUCUGACUGCAAGGACAAUCGACUUGAAGGUACAAAAGGUUGCCACUUAUAUGCCAUUAGUCGACAAUGUGAAUAUCCUUUACGGCUAGCAGUUGCAGUCUCCAGGAAAAUAGUGCUCUACUCUUGGAAACAUCUCGUAACAUUUACUAGCUGGUGCCCCAAAAUUGAAUUCGAGCCUGUUGAUAGAUUUAGUUUUGUUCAGGAAAUACAUACUGCUGAAGUCCCCACCAUUCUGACAUUAGUGGAUGGUAAAGAUGAUAACUACAUAUGUGUUGGUUACAAAAAUCAGUUUUCUGUGAUCAAUGAAAAGACUGGAGAUUGUCAUCCACUUUACCAUGUUGAAGGCAAUAGAGUUAGUUUGGUGGCAGCUUUGGAUAUCUAUGAAGAUGAUGAACCUGAAUUAUUACUCUGUUAUAACCAUAUCAGUCAUUUUCAAAAACUCCGUGAAGAAACUGUUCAAGAUAUGUAUUUUCAGUGGAACUCAGAACCUCAAACAGUUGUUUGUGCCUUUCCUUACGUAAUGGCUUUCACCCAAGAAUCUAUUGAAAUUCGUCUCAUUAUCAAUGGCAACUUAGUACAUACCAUGUCAAUGCCUGACCUCAUGCUUGUUGCAUCGAAAAGUGACAUUUAUUUCAUUUCCUCGGCAUACUCGGGAAUCAGUGAACGAAAAAAAGAAGACACAUCACUGUCCCCACCACCAUCUCCCUCAGGUCAUUUCCUCGGUCACAGAAGUCCUAUUCAUGGUGGUGCUUUCCAUUUUCCAGUACCACAUGCCAAGAAUCAGUUUUCAACAAACAUUUACAAGAUACCACUGAUGUACCUAACUGGACAAAUGGCCUCUGAAAGAACUGGUAACACUGCUGCUUGUAAUCAUAAUACGUUACUGGCUCCAGUUUCAUCUGAACUACAGAAGUCGCCAUCUCUUAAGCGCAGUCCACUUAUUCACACAAAGAAAAACCAAACUACAGCUUUAACAGUAGAGAAGGUUCAAUCAGAAUCUAUUUGGAAAAUCACACCAACAUUCCUUGUGGAGGUAGAAUCACAAGCUCCAUCAUCAUCUUGUCCGAGUGAUGUCGGCAACGACCCAGUCUUUAAAAAUUGAUAACUCAGUUCACCAAUAAUUAUUUCAAAAAAAAAAAAAAAAUCAAGAAGAAUGUUUUUAAAAGAAAAUAAAAAUAAAGACAUUAAUUUUAACAUGAAAUAUAAGAACCAAAUGAACAGCAAAACCUUCAUGAACAACUCAGGGAAAUCGGAAAGAAAGUACGUGUGGUCUCAGGUUGAAGUUGGUGGCCUUAUAUAAGAAAGGGAAAGAAAAAUCUUAAAUCUGAAAACAACUCUAGAUUAAAGAUUAGCAAUGAACUUGUGUAGAGCAUUACUGGCCAACAGAACAUUACAAUAUCCUCUAAUUCUGUAAUAAGUAUUAGAGACAAAAACAAAAAUUGAACUGAAGGAAAAACAAGGCAGUUUAGUGUCCAUUUUAAAUGAAAUGGUCACAAGCUGGGAAUUGUCAAAGGUAAAAUAACGAUAAAAUUAAAGUUUAUUCUUAUAAGUUCAGUUUACUGGGAGAAAAAUAAAUCUUUUGUCUUUUGAUUGGG